AUGUGGCUCAUAUUACUUUCUAUUAUUCUUCUUUUUUUGUAUGGGAUAUAUUUGAAGUUAAAAUACUUUACAUUCUACGGUCCAUUGCCUGGUUUAUCUCCUCAAUUUUUGUUCGGAAAUUUACUUCAAACUGGAUUGUUGACAGGGAAUUCUUUUCCUCAAAUAUAUACGUCGCUUAAAAAUCGAUUUGGUGAUAUUUAUCAAGUUCAAUUCGGAUUUGUACAUGCUAAAGUCAUCGGUAAUAUCGAUGAUAUACAACAUAUUUUUACUCAUAGAAAUGUUUAUGAUCAAGGUGAUUGGUUCGUAGAACUAUAUGGAGCUAUUUUGCCUAGUGCUCUUAUUACGCUUAAAGGUACCAAAUACAAACGACAUGGUGCAGUUAGUAUGUCUUUAUUUCGCCGAAGCAGAAUUGUUUCAAAUUUCGAUACUAUUCUUGAUUGUACAGAUAAAUUAUUGGAUAAUUGGCGUUCAUUUUCUGUUCAUCAUCUGCAUCUCGAUAUUGUACUGCAAUGUCAAAAUUUAUUACUUCAAAUUUUUGGAUUGAUUGCUUUUGACUACGAUUUUGAAACACUUAAUGGAAGAAAUAGUAAUGAGCUGGCACAGGCACUUCGAAAUUUCUUUAGUACAAUUGAAAUAGCUUUAUAUUUACCAAAUACAUUGUUUAGAAUUUUUCUAAAAUUGAGUCCUCAAUAUCAACGACAACGUGCAAUCAUUGAACGAUAUAUAUAUCGAAUGAUCGAACAAGAAUUCAAUGAAAGUCCUGAAUCACGAGCUCAACGAAAGAAAACAUCAUUAAUUGCUUCACUUGUGGAUUCAUUACAAAUAGACGAAGAAGCUGAAGCAAAGAAAAGCGAAGAACUGAAAAAGGGUCUAUCACGAAGUGAGGUGUUUGAUGAAAUGCUAAUGUUUCUAAUCGCUGGUUUCGAAACGACUUCUACUGCAUUGGCAUGGUCGAUACAUUUGCUAAGCAAAUAUCCACAUGUUCAAGAAAAAAUCAAAGCCGAAUUAAUUAAUAAUAGUGUUACUCAGCUGUUAACUCCAGAACGUCUCCAAUCGCUAAUCUAUUUGGAUUGUGUUAUCAAAGAAAUACUUCGCUAUUCUUCACCUUUCGAUUCAACAGUACGAACAUUGGUUGCAGAUGAUCGUUUACCACAUAGUGGUGUUCAAUUGUAUAAAGGUGAUCAAGUGAUCAUUCCAUUUUCAAUUCUGGCACUUGAUAGUCGAUAUUGGUCGAUUGAUCCUAAUUUAUUCUACCCAGAAAGAUUUUUAGGCGAAGAUAAAAAUCAUCAUCCAUAUGUAUUUCUGCCGUUUGGCAGUGGGCAUCGUCAGUGUAUUGGACAAGAUUUAGCUAGAUUCGAAUUGAAAGUUAUUCUAGCUAGACUUAUGCAAUAUGUGACAUUUGGCGAUGGAGGUCCUGAAGUGAAUGCCGGUGGUCAUUUGCAAAAAAUGACGAUCAUGCCCAAAUAUGUUGGUAUCACUAUUAAAUUCGAUGCCUAG